AAACGCAUAUAAAGAAUUAAAAUAAGAAAAAGAUAAAAUUAAACGGGUGCAGCAGUGUGACGUACCUGGAAAAUAGUCAAACGCGUGCAAAACUAAAAACGGCCUCGCGCAAAGAAACAAAAAUGGAAAUAUAGGAUUGUCAGCAGUCCGCGAUAGUAUACGCAUUCGCAAAACGCAGCAAGUCGCGUCAAGUGGGCAGUGCAGUUCUCAGCGCAGUGCAACGGAAAGUCUAUUGCGAGCGAGUGUAUUAUACAUGCUCGGCAAUUGUGUCCUACAUUAUAAGCCUAUACAUACAUGCUCUUUGGCUGUGGCAGGCUCAUAAAACUGUAAAUCGUACACCAGGAUAUACAAUCGCUCGAGCGUAUUUAUAUAUGCGCGAGUAUUCAUUGUUUCGAGCGAGAUCCUCGAGAUCGCACUGCAACAAUCGCUCAAAGUGCCUGUGCAUUUCUAGACACAUAAAUGUCAUGGAAGUGUCAUUUUUAGUUUCGGAUGCAAACCAUUUUCUUUAAUUUCUGUGAAAGGCUUCCAAUGAGAUCAACAUGCACAACGAUCAGGAGGACACACAAAAAUGUACCAUCGAACUGAAAGAUCUCCCAGUCGAAGUAUUUCUACACAUCUGCUCGUUUUUGGAUGAGUGCACUCUCAUUCACAGUUUGAGUUUGACAUGUAAACAGUUUCAUCAAAUUCUAAACGACGACUCGAUUUGGAGAGCGAGAAUUCGCCAAACUUGGCCGAAUGUCACGUAUCCAAUUUCUCCGCAUGUUGACGACGAUAAUUUCUUUUGGAAAAGGUCGUGCAUUACUGUUCAAAAAAGAAAAAAAUUAUGGAUGAAAAGUGAUGUCAGAAAAAUUCACUUGGAAAAUGUACACUACAGUACUAUUGAUGGACUCUUGUUGAUGCAUAAAGGUGAGACAUGUGUAUCCGGAGGUAGAGAUCGGUCUCUGGCUAUAUCUCGUUUACCUAACGAAGAAAGACUUCAAUGUGAAUCAACCAUUCAAAGCAAUGCUCAUAAAGGAUGGAUUUGGGGUUUGACAUCCAUUGAAGAUACAAUAUUUAGUUGUAGUUGGGAUGGAAAAGUCAAAUCAUGGGCAAUCGUUGAAACUGGCUUAAGGUGCUUAACAACUUAUGCACCGAUUCAGACAGGUCCAGACUGGAGACAGACUGGUGCUUUACUUUGCAUUGCUUCAUGCUCAGAUUUAAGAUAUUUUGCUACAGGGUCUUUUUGUCAAAAAGUGUUUGUUUAUGAUCCAAGAAAUGGUGAUGAACCCAUAUUCAAAUAUAAACCUCAUAAAAGAUCUGUAAUCAGACUGUCAAUGAAUUCGAAUUAUAUUAUUUCUGCAAGCGAGGACAGAACUGUUAGUAUCUGGGACCAAAGGGCUGGAAAAACAUUACAAAAUAAUGAAGUGUCAAAAGAUUCUUUUAUAAUGAGCAUGUGUAUGCAGAAUAAUGUUGUGUAUGUUGGAGAUAAUUUAGCCAAAAUUCACGUUUUGGAUGAGAAAAAGAUGUUUGAGCCUGUGAAGACUUACAAGACUGAACAUAAAAAAAGUAUUACAGGGAUUCACGUAGAUGCUGGGUGCUUAAUAACAAGUUCUCUAGACAGAACUGUAAAAAUUUCAAGCCCAACUGAUCCUCCAAUACUGCUAUCAGAAUUUGAAUUCAAAAAUGGAGAGAUAGCAAGUAUUGGUUUCUUAAACGAAACCCUAGCUAUAUCGGGCACCGAUGACAUCGAAAUUUGGCAGCUAGCUUACAAGUCAAAAUGUUAAAUGAGUUUGAUACUCACAAUUUUUAACCAUCAAUAAUGAAAAAGCAAAAAUAUAGAUAUAUUCUGUAACCCACGACCGUAAUUCAAAGGUCUACUAGUGAUUCAAAUUAUCUGAUUUCUUUGUUUUUGUAUUAAAGUGAAUUGAGCAAAUUCUUAUUGAAGAAUAAGUUUAUUAUACUACUAUGUAAACAAAUUUUUUAAGUUUAUUACUUUCGCUACAUAUACUUGCGUUCUGAAAAACUUGUUAUAACUAAUAUUACAGAAGAUGAGAAAUAUAUAUAUAUAUAACAUAUAUAACAUA